AUGUACAGCUCUCUUCGACAUAGCCAAUUUCCUGUGGGGGGCGCGAAAUUCCUCAGCACCUCCAUCAGAUCUCCAGCGUCCUCGCAUUUAACCCGCUCGUACGCAACUCAAAGCACUCUCGGAGGCAAUGGACCCUCGCCAGGCUCGAAACCGGCCCGGAAGCAAAUAUCAGUCAUAUCGGACGAUGGGCGAUAUCAGUGGGGUGAGCUGAGCGGAAGCGAGAAGGUGGCUAGAGCGACACAGCAAUCAUUCAAUUUUCUGAUUGUUGCGCUAGGUGUGGUCAUGACGGGCGGCGUUAUUACUCUCCUUUACACCGACGUUUUCUCUCCGAAUAGCAAAACUUGGCAAUUCGAAAAGGCAGUGAGCCGCAUCAAGGAAGAUCCGCGGUGUACAUCUCUGCUUGGGGACAGAAAGACUAUCAAAGCGUAUGGAGAAGCGACAGGGAGCCGAUGGGCCCGGAAUAGACCUAUUGCGACAACGAUACAAAAGGACUCGAGCGGUAGGGAACAUAUGCACAUGAAUUUCAAUGUUGAAGGUUCUUUGAAUCGAGGCGUGGUGCACGUGCAUAUGAUCAAACCAGUCGACGAACAUAAAUUCUAUUACCGACUUCUUGCUUUAGAUGUCAAAGGACAACCUCGCAUUAUCCUCGAGCAAACCAGUGAUGGUGCAUUGGGCGGGAAGAAAUCCCCGUUGAAAAUUCUUGGUAUUAACUGGCGUUGA